AUGGACGCUUAUUCUUUUCGAGAGGUUUCAACCAAAGGAAAAUCCGCAGUUCGAGAGUCAAGGCUUUGUGGUUUAUUACUAACACCACGCUGGCCUCAGCAGUAUUAUAGUGGGGGAGCAGUUCAUCAACAAUGCUCUGCCACCAACUGGCCCGGCGACCCCUACUCUGCCGCCCAGUACGAGCAUUCACAGCCAUGGAGCGAUCAUGGUGACACGUGGGUCCAAGGUAGUGAGGCCUACUGCAUUAAUCAACAGAGGGGGGCCUUCCAUGGGGAGAAUGACGAUUGGAGCUUUGGAGAGCAGGAAACCGUGGCAGCUAUCCAGCCGACUGCUCUCACCAAUGCACGACCAAUGCUGAUUCGUCAUUCAAAUCAGAGGCAGGCUGCAAACAUGCGCGAACGUCGACGAAUGCACUCCAUCAACCACGCAUUUGAAGGCAAGUGCCUCCGAGCCCGGAUACCCACGCUACCCUAUGAGAAACGUCUCUCAAAGGUGGACACUCUGCGUCUGGCCAUCGGCUACAUCAGGUUUUUACAGGACCUCGUCACAAACGAAAAUUAUCAGGAAAAGUCGGGUGGAAGUGACGGCGGCGAUGGAGAGGACAACGAAAGCAAUCAGCCGUGCGAGACAUCGCAGCAGACGCGCAGCUUCAUGGCAUCUGUGCAGAGAUUUGCCGUUACCGCGACAGCCACCAAUGGAGGCGAACGUUUCACCUGUUCUCCCUCCACACCGGGCAUCGUUACGCCAACCCAUCAGUCAACGAAGAAAGUUAUUCUCAACCUCUCCGUUCGCAUGGCAUGCAAAAUAGCCGCCAAGAAUGCGCCCAGCAAGGAACCUCCCAGUGGUGACCUGAUUACGCGACCCGGUCAGAUUUGGCGCCGUGUCCACAACCACCACACACUGAAAGGCGCCGGAAGGGGUGACGAUCCCGCCGCAGACGCCGUCAUCAUUGGGCACAGCAUCAGCUGGCGCCAGCGGCCGAACAUUUCCGAGGUACCACGUGUGACCUCCAACAAGAAAACCCUCAUCACAAAGCUCUGGAGACCGCAAUCGAACCCGAGCCACUGA